CUUUGCCGCUCAGAUUAAGCUGAAUGACUACGGUAGGGCAUUGCAGCCAAAGUCCUGCCUUUAGCGCUUAUCUAAGAUGUUUCUGAAGCCAUUUAUCGUGAGAUCGAACACCCAGAUAAAGGCCUCUGAAAAUUAUUUUCAGAAAGCAACUGUUAAAUUCAUUCUACGGCCAGUACAAAAUAGAUCCCGCGAAUCUUUUGGAGGCUUUUAAAACAAAAGAUGUUCAUCGCUUAAAAGUUAUCACUGCAUCUGAAGUAAAGGUGAAUAUAUACAAAUUUGGCAGUGUUCCUCUGAUUAUUGAACAUGAAAAAGACUUACUUCCUACGGGUAUUUUAUUCAUUUGAUAAUGUAUGCAUAAACUAAGUGUACCUUCUUUGGCAUUUACCUGAUAUUCUUCCACAUUUCAAAGUCCAUGAGAAUUUGAUUUCUGUCCUGAUGAAUGGAGCUGGUAGUUGAAUAGCUUCUUAGAUUGGAAUAUUUUUAUAGAUCUUAUGCUUCCUGGCGUAGUUACUGAUGGUCCCCUUCUACCAGAUACAUUUAAUAAGAUAGAAAAGGAUGUGUUAUGCUGUAUUAGUACAACUUCCAAUCGGUAUUUCAACGUUUAAAAAAAUAAAACAACAUAAUGUCAUACUUCAGUGCACCGAUAGCUGUUGGGCGAACAGCGAUGUCCAAUUAUGAUAUGUAUAUGAGUGCUGGGAGAGGAAGAGCUGUAUCAGUACUUCAUGUCAUAGGUGACCACGUUUGUUCUCUAGCAUCAUCUGUUACUCGUCCUAUCCUACCAUGGGCUGUGAUAGAGGAAGAUAAGCCUAAAAUGAAUGAGAAUUGUGAGGUAGCACCAGGCAAUGAUAGCAAUGAGCAGCAGUCACAAGUAGAUUCGUGUCAACACUCUACAUGUGGUGAUGGAGAUGUUAGCGAAGAGCUGAAUAAACUUAAUAUUGAACAGUCUGCAGCAGAACCACAGUUACCACCAGAUCACGAUGCAAUUUUGCGAGAGUGCUUUUUAAAAGGUCUUAAGGCGAUCAAAGCUAACCAAUUGCCAGUACAAGUCAACAUUUUCUAUUCUCAAUUCAUUUUAGUACACAAACCUCCUUCAGUGGAUCUGGAUAUUAAGAAAACAAAAUUUAAAAAGGUCGGUGUAUUUUUGAAAGCAAUGCAAGAUGAAGGUUUCGUUGAAAUAACUGAACCGAAACCAGGUGUAUUAACGUUAAAUAAAAUCAAUAAAGAUCACAUCGAAUUACGAGGUGUGCACAUUCCUGCACCAGCUACAGAUCCAAAGGUUGUAUGUAAUUGGCCAGACGAGUAUAUGGGUCCACCGACAAUAGAAAAUAUCGGAAUAAUUAAAGGAUCAGUUGCAGCAUUGUUUUCACAGUUUGGUUACAAGCCAGGUGAAUCAAUAAGUCAAUCAGAAGCUCGAAAAUCUCUAGAUAACUAUGUCCGGAUGCAUAAGCUGCAGUCUACUGAGGAUCCUAGCAUGAUUUGUCUUGAUCAAUUAUUGAUGAAAAUAUGUGAUCCAAAAACGUUUGUGGAGUCCAGUGCCAGCACUAUUGCGAAUCCAGUCUUCCAUAUCAGUUUCCGGGAUUUCAUUUCACAAGCUUUGAAGAAUUUAUCUCCUGCAUAUCGUAUAAGUUAUCCAGACAUGUCUCCUCCUGUGAUUUGGAAUAAGAAAGAACCGCCGUAUAUUCACUUAUAUACUGUUACAAAAGCUGGAAAGAAAUUGACUAGGAUAGCAGAUCUAGAAAUUUUCCACAUUAAUCCAGACACAUUUUCAAAACACUUAAAAACAAGUUUGGCCUGUUCAGCUGGAAGGACAGAAGACCAACAAUAUCCGAAUAAAAUUGUUAUUCAAGCACAAGGUGUACAUCUUGCAGCAAUCUCUAAAUUGUUGACAGAAUCAUACGGAAUACCAAAACGAUACAUUAAAGGCUACACAGAACCAGACAAAAAGAAAUAGAUCUCAGAUUGUCCAGUCUAAAGAAUAUUAUGCCUUUCCCUGUACAUGAAACAGUCCAACUGCUUUGUUUUGUAUACUGUUAUGCAUUAUAUUAUCACAAUGAAUAUUCUGAAUAAAUAAAAGUUGGAU